AUGGCAUCACAGGGUACAGGAUACGAUCUCUCGGCGAGUACCUACUCGCCCGACGGCCGAAUCUUCCAGAUCGAGUACGCGGCCAAGGCGACAGAGAACGCAGGCACGGCGAUCGCUAUCAAGACCAAGACCGGCGUGGUCAUUGCUGUGGAGAAGCUCGUGCAGUCCAAGCUGCUUGUGCCCGGCUCCAACCGACGCAUCUACAACGUUGCGCCCCACAUCGGCAUUGUCUCUGCGGGGCUGAUUGCUGACGGCAAGCACCUCGCGUCGCGCGCACGCUCCGAGGCAGUGUCGCAUCUGGACAACUACCGCUUCGCGGCGCCCGUCAAGACGCUCGCGGACCGCGUGGCGUACUACGUGCAGGCGUACACGCUCUACUCGUCCGUGCGUCCAUUUGGCGUGUCGGCGAUCAUCGCCGGCAUCGACAAUGUCAAGGGCCCGCAGAUCUACAUGAUCGAGCCGUCCGGCGUGUUCUGGGGCUACAACGGCUGCGCAGUGGGCAAGGGCAGGCAGCUCGCCAAGACCGAGAUCGAGAAGCUCGACCUGGACACGCUCUCCAUGCAGGACGCCGUGGAGGCCGCGGCCAAGAUCAUCUACAAGGUGCACGACGAUGCCAAGGACAAGGACUUUGAGCUCGAGCUCAGCUGGAUCGGGCCAGAGAGCAAUGGCGUGCACACGGCCGUGCCUGAGGACUUGAGAGCAGAGGCAAUCAGCAAGGCCAAGGAGGCGCUCGAUGACGAGAUGGAGGACUGA